AUGCACGUGCUGGUGCGUGUGGAGAGAAACCUGUCAAGUAACCGGCUCACCACGCUCUCGUGGCAGCUCUUCCAGACGCUGAGUCUUCGGGAAUUGAGGUUGGAGCAGAACUUCUUCAACUGCAGCUGUGACAUCCGCUGGAUGCAGCUGUGGCAGGAGCAGGGGGAGGCUAAGCUCAACAGUCAGAACCUCUACUGCAUCGGCGCCGACGGCUCCCAGCUGCCACUCUUCCGCAUGAACAUCAGCCAGUGCGACCUUCCUGAGAUCAGCGUGAGCCACGCCAACCUGACCGUACGAGAGGGUGACAAUGCUGUCAUCACCUGCAACGGCUCGGGCUCGCCCCUGCCCGAUGUGGACUGGAUAGUCACCGGCCUGCAGUCCAUCAACACCCACCAGACAAAUCUGAACUGGACCAACGUUCAUGCCAUCAACCUGACGCUGGUAAAUGUGACGAGUGAGGACAACGGCUUCACCCUGACGUGCAUCGCUGAGAACGUGGUGGGCAUGAGCAAUGCCAGCGUGGCCCUCACUGUCCACUACCCCCCUCGUGUGGUGAGCCUGGAGGAGCCUGAGCUGCGCCUGGAGCACUGCAUCGAGUUCGUGGUACGCGGCAACCCGCCGCCCACGCUGCACUGGCUGCACAAUGGCCAGCCGCUGCGCGAGUCCAAGAUCAUCCACGUGGAAUACUACCAGGAGGGCGAGGUCUCCGAGGGCUGCCUGCUCUUCAACAAGCCCACCCACUACAACAACGGCAACUACACCCUCAUCGCCAAGAACCCCCUGGGCACCGCCAACCAGACCAUAAAUGGCCACUUCCUCAAGGAGCCCUUUCCAGAGAGCACGGAUAACUUUGUCUCUUUCUACGAAGUGAGCCCUACCCCUCCUAUCACUGUGACCCACAAACCAGAGGAAGACACUUUUGGGGUGUCCAUAGCAGUUGGACUUGCUGCUUUUGCCUGUGUCCUGUUGGUGGUUCUCUUUAUCAUGAUCAACAAGUAUGGGCGACGGUCCAAAUUUGGAAUGAAAGGUCCUGUGGCUGUCAUCAGUGGCGAGGAGGACUCGGCUAGCCCCCUGCAUCACAUCAACCAUGGCAUCACCACGCCCUCGUCGCUGGAUGCUGGGCCAGACACGGUGGUCAUCGGUAUGACCCGGAUCCCAGUCAUUGAGAAUCCCCAGUACUUCCGUCAGGGACAUAACUGCCACAAGCCAGACACAUACGUGCAGCACAUUAAAAGGAGGGACAUCGUGCUGAAGAGAGAACUGGGCGAGGGAGCCUUUGGAAAGGUCUUCCUGGCCGAGUGCUACAACCUCAGCCCCACCAAGGACAAGAUGCUCGUGGCUGUGAAGGCCCUGAAGGAUCCGACCCUGGCAGCCAGGAAGGAUUUCCAGAGGGAAGCCGAGCUGCUCACCAACUUGCAGCAUGAGCACAUCGUCAAGUUCUACGGGGUGUGCGGUGAUGGGGAUCCCCUCAUCAUGGUCUUUGAGUACAUGAAGCAUGGAGACCUGAACAAGUUCCUCAGGGCCCACGGGCCAGAUGCGAUGAUCCUUGUGGAUGGGCAGCCACGCCAGGCGAAAGGCGAGCUGGGGCUCUCCCAGAUGCUCCACAUUGCCAGUCAGAUCGCCUCCGGCAUGGUGUACCUGGCCUCCCAGCAUUUUGUGCAUCGCGACCUGGCCACCAGGAACUGCCUGGUUGGAGCCAACCUGCUGGUGAAGAUUGGAGACUUCGGCAUGUCCAGAGACGUCUACAGCACCGACUACUACAGGGUGGGAGGACAUACCAUGCUCCCCAUUCGCUGGAUGCCCCCUGAAAGCAUCAUGUACCGGAAGUUCACUACGGAGAGUGACGUGUGGAGCUUUGGGGUGAUUCUCUGGGAGAUCUUCACCUACGGAAAGCAGCCAUGGUUCCAGCUCUCAAACACAGAAGUCAUCGAAUGCAUCACCCAAGGCCGUGUUUUGGAGCGGCCCCGAGUCUGCCCCAAAGAGGUGUAUGAUGUCAUGCUGGGGUGCUGGCAGAGGGAACCGCAGCAGCGGCUGAACAUCAAGGAGAUCUACAAGAUCCUCCAUGCUUUGGGGAAAGCCACCCCCAUCUACCUGGACAUCCUCGGCUAGCAGUGGCCGGUGGUCACAAAUCCAUAUUCUGUUGCCUCUUCUCUCCUGGCCUCACCCCAUCCCUCUUUUCCACCUCACAGACUCUUUUCUUCCAUCCCUGACUGAAGCAAACAUCUUCAUAUAAACUCAAGUGCCUGCUACACAUACAACACUGAAAAAGAAAGAGAAAAACCCUGUAAGGCAGUUUGGCAUAUAUAUAUAUAUAUAUAUUUAUAUAUCUAACUAUCUAUCUAUCUAUAUCUACAGAGAGAUACCCUCUUCUCUAAUGCACAGAGAAGCUGCUGAUACAGAAACCGCAAGACUGUAAUGACAACUCAGAAAAUCUUAUAUAUUAUGAACGCAAUUGGAAAUUUGCGUAGGUGAUGGGUGUGGCCUGUUUCUUCAGCUCCGUCUUUUGGGAGCAGGAGAUCUUAAAGAUGCAGAGAGACAAUCUUUGUGUUGGGAUGGGAGGAGCUGGCAAGGGUGCCAAUCACUUCGGCAUAGGUGUGACCACCUGCACAGGUGUGUUAGCUUCAAGCUCUGCACCAGCGCAUGGGCAGACCGCGUCAACAGGGUCAGCAAGAACACCAGACCAGGGGCCGCUGGGACACCUCAUGCCUCCCCUGACCAUCAUCUCCACCGCCUUCCUCCUCUCCGCCACUUCCAGAUGAUUUUCUAACUUGUCCUUUCUAGAAAGUACAGUCCUCAUGCUUUGGGGGGUCAACAGUGUCGCCUACAGGUAAACACUGAAGAAACAACAGCAAACACGAAACCAUGGCGACCGUGGACUACAUCCAUCUGGGUGUACACCGCGCCUUCCUUUCUAAAUCUGAAAGAGAUGUGUCAUCUAUCCUCUGAACUUCAAAAACGGGACUUUCUGGAUUUAAAGAGCCACAGAAUUAAAAGCUGAAAUCUGAA